AUGUCUCGGCGCCUGUCGUCUCUGGAGAUCCUCCUCUCCGUCAUUUCCUCCCUUCUCCUCAUCUGUUGUAUCGCCCUGAUCGUCGUUUCUUGGGUCAGCCUGAAGCCUGAAGGUGCUGAUGAUGCUGUGCAGCUGUCCGGUCAGAUGGUCAUCACAGCAGGAGCUGAGUUUUCUGACGAGCUGAGAAACUCCAGCAGUGACAAGUUUAAAUCUCUGGCCUUCGACCUUCAGCAGCUGGUGUCAAAGGCGUUCAGUUUUGGCGACCUGCUGCAGUUCUACAGAUUCUGUCAGGUUCAAAACUUCAGUCCUGGCAGCGUGGUUGUGACCUUUGACCUGUGGUUCAGCCAGUGGAUUGCCACAGAAGAGGUGGAGCAGCAGCUGGGGGCGGGGCUUCAGAUGACAGGGGGCGGGGCCUUGGUGAUAGAUAUCCACAGCAUCCAGAUCACAGAGAAACCUGAACAGACGACACCUCUAGCUACAACCAUCACUUCUACAGCAGUGACUUGCCCUCCUGGUCAGACGGCCUGUUCUGAUGGGUCGAUGUGUGUUCCAGCUGAUUGGCUCUGUGACGGCCUCUCCCACUGCUCAGACUCAUCUGAUGAAGCUCCCUUUUCCUGCGCGACAGCAUGUGAUGGACAGUUUGUGCUGGAGGGGCCGAGCGGAUCAUUUACAUCAUCAGCGUCUGACGUCUACAACAGCAGCAUCUUCUGCCGCUGGAUCAUCAGGGUCAGCAGAGGACUAUCAGUUGAGAUUAACUUCCAUCAGUUUGAGACUGAAGCAGAUUUUGACAUCCUGAGGCUUUAUGAAGGCGUUGGACUGGACAAAGUUCUAACAGCUGAACUCUCAGGCUCCGCCCCUCCUGGUACUGUGUGGCUGCUGACCGACCAAUCAACUGUGGAGUUUUCAACGGAUGAGUUUAACAGUCUGUCUGGGUUCAAAGCUACCUACAAGGCAACCGACACCUCAGAACUAUCCAACCAAGAUAAGGUCAGCUGCAGCUUUGAGGACGGUGUAUGUUUCUGGCGACAGUUGCAAGAUGAUGAAGGUGACUGGAUCAGAACCAGUGGUUCCACCUUUCCUCCGUCAACAGGCCCGAGUGCUGAUCAUACUUUGGGGAACAGCUCAGGUUUCUACCUCGUCACACCUUUGAGUCCUGGCCAAUGGCAGAAGAGCUUCAGGAUCCAAAGCCUCCCUCUGACUCCACCCACACAGGCCAUGUGCCUGAGCUUCUGGUAUCACAUGUUUGGAGACGACGUGCACCUCCUCAGAGUCCUCCUCGCUCCAUCGCUCCCAGACGCCCACGCCGUGCUGCUGUUCCAGAAAGACGGCAACUAUGGCGACACCUGGAACUACGGCCAGGUGGACCUGAACCUGACCUCAGCGGCUGCGGUGGAGUUUGAAGCUCUGAAGAAGGGAGGCAUGAGGAAUGACGUAGCUCUGGACGACAUCCUCCUGACGGCCGGCCCCUGUGGCCCCGCCCCCCCUGAGCCGACCAAUGUCCCGCCUCCCACCACUAUGCCACCUGUACCAGCUGACUGUGGAGGACCUUUUGAUCUCUGGGAGCCAAAUUCUACCUUCAGCUCUCCAAACUACCCACGUUCUUAUGGGAACCUGGCAAAGUGUGUCUGGACUCUGCACGCCCUGCAGGGUCACAACAUCCAGCUCCACUUCCUGGACUUUGAUGUCGAGGCGACCUAUGACAUGGUGGAGGUGCGGGAUGGGGCGGGGCCUAACUCCACUCUGCUGGCUGUCCUCACCGGCAGCACAGGCCCCGCCCACGACCUGUUCUCAACAACCAAUCAGAUGACGGUAUGGUUCUUUACGGACAGCGAGGGCCACGGCCGAGGAUUCAGAGGCAACUUCAGCACCGGGGUGGCCCUGGGGUCUCCAGCUCCAUGUGCCGUUGCUCAGUUCCAGUGUGACUCCGGCGCUUGUAUCCACGGCGGAGGGCAAUGUGACGGCGUGGUCAACUGCCCUGAUGGUUCUGAUGAAGCAGACUGUGUUGUUCUGCAGGUAAACGGGUCCGGUCGCCUCCAGGUGCGGGUCGUCUCCACUCUGCACACUGUGUGUUCUGACAGCUGGAACCCUCACCUGUCCAGCUUUACCUGUCAGUACCUGGGACACAGGUCUGGAGAAGCGUCUCUGGUUCCAGCUCUGCCUCAGGACUCACCGUUUGUCACCGUCACCGUCACCAGCAACAGAACCCUGGAAACCAAUGUCAGUGAAAGCUGCAGCAGUCAGGAGGUCAUUUCUCUCACCUGCUCCAACAAACCUUGUGGACUGCGUCUGAUCAACAACGUGACGGGAGAUUUGGACCAAUCAGAAAACAGUGAACCUGCUGACGGUGAGGACAGAGUUGUGGGCGGAACCGAUGCAGUGAAGGGGGCGUGGCCUUGGAUGGUGUCGCUGCACUGGAAGGGACGCCAUGUCUGUGGAGGCUCGCUGAUCAGCAGCGAUUGGGUGUUGACCGCUGCACAUUGUGUCUAUGGGAAGAACAUCCACCAAGAGUUCUGGUCCGCUGUCCUUGGUCUUCACACUCAAUCCAACAUGAACUCUGAGGAUGUUCAGACCAGACGAGUCGAUCAGAUUGUCAUCCACAGAGAAUACAACAGACUAUCCAAACAGGCUGACGUGGCCAUGAUGCAUCUGCAGCAGCCAAUCAACUUCACCCAGUGGGUGCAGCCCGUGUGUUUACCUGCUGAAGGCCAGAGUGUCACUGCAGGAAGGAAAUGUUUCAUUGCAGGCUGGGGACGGGAGGCAGAAGGAGGUUCUCUGCCUGACGUUCUCCAGGAGGCCGAGCUUCCUCUGGUCGACCAGGAUCAGUGUCAGCACCUCCUGCCUGAGUACACCAUCACCUCCAGCAUGCUGUGUGCAGGUUACCCUGAGGGUGGCAUGGACAGCUGUCAGGGAGACUCUGGUGGUCCUCUGAUGUGCAUGGAGGACAGACACUGGACUUUGAUUGGUGUGACCUCGUUCGGGGUGGGCUGUGGACGUCCUCAGAAACCUGGAGGCUACGCCCGAGUCUCAGCCUUCGUCUCUUGGAUUGCUCAGAUCAGACGUUCCUCCUCCUCCUCUCCAUAACUUGAAGGACUAAGAAGAAUCUCAUAACUGGACCCACUACUGGAUGAGAUGUUGAUCAGAGCAUUAAACUUUGACUGAUUCUACUAAAUCUGAAAAAUGUCAUUUAAGUAAUAAAAUGUGCUGAAAUCCUGGA